CCAACAGUCAGUUCUACAUCUUGUGUCCGUUUUUAAUCGUUAUUUAGCAAAGGAUGAAAUCAGCUUUUACCGGAUUCUGCCUUUAACGGAGCUGAUGGAAUAAAUCAUGUAUGCCGGACGGAAAAGACGAAAACCGGCGCAGAAAAGAGUGAAACAGGCGCCGGCUGAAGGCGCCAAAUCCAACCCGUCCAAACGUCACCGUGACCGUCUGAACUUGGAGCUGGACCGGCUGGCCAGUCUGCUGCCGUUUCCUGAAGACGUGGUCUCCAGCCUGGACAAACUGUCCAUCCUGAGACUGAGCGUCAGCUACCUCCGCAACAAGAGCUUCUUUUCUGUGGCAUUGAAAAAGCAGCCCUCAGAUGCUGGGACCAGCAGCGGCGAUCACCAUGACAACAGCCGGAUGACAGGGUCGGUGGACAGACGCGUCCCCGAGGGGGAGCUGCUGCUGCAGGCUCUGGACGGCUUCGUUCUGGUGGUGACAGCUGACGGCAUCGUCUUCUUCUGCUCACAGACCAUACAGGAUUACCUCGGCUUCCAUCAGACGGACGUGAUGCACCAGAGUGUGUUUGAGCUGAUCCACACCGAGGACCAGCAGGAGUUCAGGAGGAACCUGCACUGGGCCCUGAACCUGUCUGACAGCCCGGGACCCACCACAGAACCCCAGCCAGACGGCGAGUCGCAACCAACGACCUCCUGCCUGGUGACCUACGACCCCGAACAUCUCCCACCUGAAAAUUCUCCCCUGUUGGAGAGAAGCUUCAUCUGCCGAUUCCGCUGCUUGUUGGACAACUCGUCAGGUUUCCUGGCCUUGAACCUUCAGGGUCGGCUUAAGUUCCUCCAUGGUCAGAACCUCCAGCGUGAAGGCUGCAGCUCACCUCAGCUUGCCCUGUUUGCCAUCGCCACGCCGCUCCAGCCUCCAGCCAUUCUGGAGAUCAGGACGAGGAACAUGAUCUUCAGGACCAAACACAAACUGGACUUCACACCCAUGGCCUGCGACGCAAAGGGGAAGAUUGUGCUUGGCUACACGGAGGCGGAGCUGAGAGUCCGGGGAACUGGUUACCAGUUCAUCCACGCCGCUGACAUGCUGCACUGCGCCGAAAACCACAUGCGAAUGAUAAAGACGGGCGAGAGCGGCCUCACCGUCUUCAGGCUGCUCACCAAGGAGAAACGCUGGAAGUGGGUCCAGGCGAACGCCCGGCUCGUGUACAAGAACGGCAAACCGGAUUACAUCAUCGCCACCCAGAGGCCCUUAGCGGACGAGGAAGGAGGAGAGCAGCUGAGGAAGCGAUCUGUCCACCUCCCCUUUACCUUUGCCACCGGCGAGGCGCUUCUCUAUCACGCCAGCUACCCUCUGCACGGGUUCACCGAGUCCUGCCGGGGCAAGGCCAAAGGCGGCAAGGCCGGGAGGGCCAAGCUGGACAAGGGCUUGGCCGAAGACCAGGACCCAAGCUCUCUGUUGGGGGCGAUGAUGAGCCAAGAUGAGUCUGUGUAUGUGUGCCCCCCAGACACGGCGCCCAGGAUCUCGUACCACAGCAGCAUCCUCAGCGAGCAGCAGGACGAGAGCGAAGGUUCCAGAAACAUGACAAGUGAUCACAAUUGGAAUGUGGUAUCAAAUGUGGAGGCCACGAGACACAACCAUAAAAUGUUCAGUUACGACCCACUGCUGGCUACGCUGGACUCUCUGUCCCUGAAAGGAGAGGAGACGUGUUCCAACAGCGAGCUCUUCAGCGCCCUGGAGAACCUGGGCCUCAACGCUGAAGACCUGGAGCUCCUGCUGUUGGACGAGAGGAUGAUCCAGGUGGAGCUCGACAGCAAUCAGGUCCCCACCCUCGGUGACCUUCUCACCAACAACGAAAUCCUCUCCUACAUCCAGGACUCACUGCAGACCGGCACUAAGGGGGAGGAACAAGGCUGCAAAGAUUUCUUUGGGCUGCCAGCUCAUCUGCAGAACCCAGAUGGAAGCCAGCAACCGCAGACGUGCCCGUCUGCAGACACUCCCAGCGGGCAGCCACUCGUCGAAGGACACGAGAACCCAGCCGAGCUGGUUAAAGAUCAGUCCUGGUCACUGCUGACAGAAGAGCAAAUCCCACCAGGAUCUAUGGUUCCUAACAGCCACUGGCCAUCAUCAACAGUGGAGAGUCACCACCAGCCCAACACCUACAUCUAUGCCCACCCACAGACCGCACCCAAGACCUCUCAGCUCAGUGGACAGCAUCAGCAUCUUCAUCCUCUUCUGGGCUCUAGUCCACAUUGGCAGCUUCAGCAGUUAAAUGGUGAGUGGAGCCUCUUACCAGAGUACCAGAACCAGCUCACAGGUUAUAAACACACGCUCUUUGAUCAGGACGCGGAGGUCAGACCCGUAAAUUACAACAUGGUCAGCAUGGCCCACGCGGGUGGGACGGUGGUGAACAGCGUUAUCAUACCUGACCUUCACUACCAGAGGGUUCUACCUGCUAACCAACCCCACCAGCUCCAGAGUCACCACAAACCUCAGCAGCACCAUCUUUCACCGUCCUGUUCUUCACUGGACUUGGAGCAGUUAUUGACUCUGUCCCAGACGCAGCACGGUCUGUCCUCACUGGAGACCUGCGACCUGUUCAGCACCACCGAUACCCAGCAAACCAAAAACGCCAAGUUGGAGAACAGUUUCCUGCUGCUCGGUACCAACAACACGGCGUACGUCAGGAGCUGCCUGAGUGCCAACGGGAACGCCGUGAACUCAGGGGAUAUUCCCGUCUCACAUCCGGAUGGACUUUCCGGCCUGCAGGAGCCUGAAAAAUCUGGAUUUUUCCUCUGAGGAGACGACAGAAAUAACAAAAGCAGGUACAAAUAAAAAGAUCUGAAAAGCUCAAUAAUUCUUCACCAAAAAUGAUGACAAAACAGGAAAAACAAAACUGUGG